UAAGUAUACCUAACGUCUCAUUGAUGAUUUCAUUCCGAAAACAUUUCUUAUCUUUAACCCCCAGAGUUCCGUGAAUGUUUUUAUCUGUUCGCCCGUUCGGGGCAAAUCAACAAUUUGGACGAACUAACGGUUAUCAUGCGUUCACUGGGUCUCUCGCCGACCAUCCAAGAACUGGUUUCCUACCUGAAGCAGAAGAACGGAAAGAUGAGCUUCGCCGACUUCCUGGACAUUAUGCACCAGCACUCCAAGGUGGAGAGUCUGCCGGACGAGGUGAUUGCCGCCUUCAAGGCAGCCGAUCCCCAGAACAAGGGAACCAUCUCGGCCAGGCAGCUGCGCAAUCUCCUCCAGAAUUGGGGCGAGGGUCUGUCCAUGCGCGAGGUGGACAACAUUUUCCGGGAGGCCAAUGUCAACAACAAUAGCACUGUGCGGUAUGCAGACUUCGUGAAGAUUGCCUGCGCCCCAGUUCCAGAUUACUAUUAGAAAAAGCACUCCAUUCUUACAUUUAACUAAACAUUCCAGUAAAAUAGUUUCCGCACAAUAAAGCUGGCCAAAUGUGUUUUGGGAAAA